AUGUCCACUGAUGAGGUGUCGAAUGCACCAAAUAACUCACCGCCCUUGAAAUGCUCAUGUUCAUCUAUUGGUAUUCAAUGUUCUCCUCCACCUGUGUAUGAGAAUAUCAUGCAUCAUGAAAAUUUAAUGGAUUCCAUAUGCUGUAGCACUGCAGCUGCCAACCAACCUAUAAAAGAUUGCAAUGAGGAAAGAAAAGUUAUUGAUUUGACAAUAAAUAUAUACGAUGUGGAUAAGACAAAUGCACGAAGUAAGAAGUAUGUUCUUAUUCUAAUCUAUAAAAAUAAAAUUAGGACCCCUCUUGUCUUCUUUGCACCAUGCACCAUAAGCAAAGGCCCAUAA